AUGGACUUCAACUAUGUAUCGAGAAUCCCAUGGAACAGAUCCUCUUGUCAGAACUACAAUCUCCCUGCACCCAGUCCCAACAACGCCACUUCUCGAUCCGACAUAGUCAGCAGCGACCCUUGCUGCCGGACUCUGCUUUCCCUGUUCGGUAUUUCUCUGUCUCUCCAUCUCAAAGAAACUUCCGUUUUCCAUCUUUCCGAUUUACCCACUUCCGUCGCUUGCCUCCGCGACUACCAAGCCAAGCUCAAUUCGCUGGGUCUCUCCAACAGCGGCGAUCUCGUCUCCUACUGCUUCAACCCUACGGAUUUCGUGAUGUCGACCAACGUCUGUGCUCGGAUUCAGUCGACCCAGGAUUGGGUUGCUGCGGUUGGUCCGUCGACGCCGCUCGACGCGGCUUGUAGAGGCGACCUCACGGAUCUGACCGCUUGUGAUUCGUGUGUGGCGGCUGGGUUCAGGGUUCAGUCCUCGUUGGUGUCGAUUGAUGGGGAUAAGUCUCACGCCACGAGUUGCUUCUACUUCGCGAUUCUGUACGCUGCUGGGGUUGUCAACAGAUUCGGGCCGGAGAGUUAUGGUGCUGUCUCGUGCAUAUUUGGGUUGGAUUUGGUUUCCAAACUGGGUUCUUCAGCUCGUAAAUCUCGGUUCCCUCUUGUGAUUGGGUUGACUAGCACUGCUGCUGCUGUGAUUGUAAUGUCUGGUUUGGUAGGGUUCUGGUUUUUGAAUAGGAAGAGGAGGGGAAGAAUGGAGGAGGGGUCUGGUAAUGGUUCUGAUGUGGAGGGACGGCGAGCUAGGCCGAGAUUAAGGCCGAAUACUGGAUCAAUCUGGUUCAAAAUUCGUGAUCUUGAGAGGGCAACCAAUGGUUUUUCGCAGAAGAACUUUAUUGGCAGGGGAGGGUUUGGAAUUGUGUACAAAGGGGUUUUGUCUGAUGGGACAACGGUGGCUGUUAAGAGGGUUUUGGAGUCUGACUUUCAAGGCGAUGCUGAGUUUCGGAAUGAGAUUGAGAUUAUCAGCAAUCUCAAGCACCGGAAUCUGGUGCCGCUUAGAGGUUGUUGUGUGAUUGAUGGAGAGAGUCAGAGGUUGCUUGUUUAUGAUUACAUGCCGAAUGGCAAUCUUGAAGAUCAUUUGUUUCCUGCAGCAGGGAAGGAGCCAUUGAGUUGGCCUCAGAGGAAGAACAUCAUUAUGGAUGUGGCUAAAGGGUUAGCUUACUUGCAUUAUGGAGUGAAGCCUGCCAUUUUCCACAGGGACAUUAAAGGGACUAAUAUACUGUUAGAUGGCGACAUGAGGGCUAGAGUGGCUGAUUUUGGUUUGGCCAAGCAGAGUCAGGAAGGGGUGUCUCAUCUUACUACUAGAGUGGCUGGAACUCACGGCUACUUAGCUCCGGAAUAUGCCCUGUACGGGCAGUUAACCGAGAAGAGCGAUGUCUAUAGUUUCGGAGUGGUUGUACUGGAAAUCAUGUGUGGAAGAAAAGCACUGGAUAUGUCUUCUUCAGGUUCUGCACAUGGGUUUCUGAUCACUGACUGGGCUUGGUCGCUAGUCAAAGCUGGGAAACUAGAGCAAGCUCUGGAUCCUUCCUUGUUGAGGGGCGGUGGUGAUCCAAAGGCGAUAAUGGAGAGAUUUGUGCUGGUAGGGAUUUUGUGUGCUCAUGUUAUGGUUGCUUUAAGGCCUAGUAUCUCAGAUGCAUUGAAGAUGUUGGAAGGGGAUAUUGAAGUUCCACCGGUUCCUGAUCGGCCAUUGCCUCUCUCGCACCCUUCCUUCUCCACGAACAGCCACGCUUUCAGCAUCUCUCCCGCGUUGAGUGGCCCGCAAUUAUACAGCAACGACAUGCUGAGGUAA